GAGCGGAGCUGCUACUCCUGUUCAAGCAACACCACCAUCAUCUCCUCCUCCUCCUUCAUUGAUUCACAGACUUCAAAUCCCCUCACAAGCAGCCCGUCAGCUUCCACAGUGAUCAGAUUAAUAACAACAAUAGGCUGCGAGCGUUCAGAGGGGAGGAGAGACUACCGGCGCUGCGCGUCCUCCGCGGGAUACUUUGGAUAGCUCCGGCACCGGGAUCCAUCCUGCCUCCUGCCUCCUGCCUCCUGCCUCCCGCGCCCGAGCAGCACCUGAGAGUGUCUCCGCGCCGCCACCUGGAUACCUGCGCGCUGUCCUCUGUAAAUGUCGGACUGAACAGAACUGCUAUGACAGGGAAACUAGCGGACAAGAUCCCUCUUACCAUGAGCAGUUUAAUAAACACGAUCCCCGACAGUCUCUACCCGGAGGAGGACAUCCCCACCUCUAUGAAUAUUUUCACCAGCACGGAGUCUAUAAACCACUACUCGCAGAUGAAUACAGAUAACAUCAUGGAUCUAGGCAUGGGGAGUGAGAAGAACAACUCAGAGAUACAGUAUGGAUCCAGCUUCCAGUCCAACCGCAGCGGGCAGACUGUCACAUACCUGGGGAAGUUCGCCUUCGACACUCCUCCUUCGGGUGGCAUCGGCAGCUCCGGCUGGUGCCCCGACAACAACAUCAUCAGUCUGGUCAGUGCGGGCAUCUUGGGGGUCUCGCCGUCGCCCGGCACGGUGACGACGCAGACGCAGUCCUCUGCGCCAAGCAUGGGUGGACAGACGUCAGACAUGGAGCAGGUUUACGGUCCUCCGCUGCCCGCCUAUUCCACCUGCAGCGACCUGUACCAGGAUCAGGUCUCCUUCCACCACAGCCCCGCCACCAGCACGGCUCUCGCCUACCCUGGAAAUGAAUACCACUCCACGUCCAAAGCCCCCAUGGAUGGCAGCCUUUUUUCCAUGAUCCCCGACUACAACCUCUUUCAUCAUCAGGGAGACGUCGGUGUCAUGGAGCACAAGCCCUUCCAGUCCAUGGACCCCAUCAGGGUCAACCCUCCGCCCAUCACGCCCCUGGAGACCAUCAGAGCAUUCAAAGACAAGCAACAGAUCCACCCAGGUUUCAUUGGCGGGCAGCAGCACCCGCCUCAGCACCACCCGCCGCCGCAGACUCUCACCCUCAAACCCAUCCGCCCCAGGAAGUACCCCAACCGUCCCAGCAAGACCCCCGUCCACGAACGGCCGCACGCCUGCCCUGCCGAGAACUGCGACAGGCGCUUCUCCCGCUCGGACGAGCUCACGCGUCACCUCCGCAUCCACACGGGUCACAAGCCCUUCCAGUGCCGAAUAUGCAUGAGGUCCUUCAGCCGGAGCGACCACCUGACCACACACAUCCGCACGCACACGGGGGAGAAGCCCUUCUCCUGCGAGUUCUGUGGACGCAAGUUCGCCCGGAGUGACGAGCGAAAGAGACACGCAAAGGUCCACCUGAAGCAGAAGGAUAAGAAGCAGGCGGACAAGAGCAGCGGGGCGGCCGGGAGCCACAGCUCGCCGCCCAGCUCCUGCGGGGGUCCGGCGGUGGGAGCAUCAUGACCAUCACUACAUGCACAUGGACUAGACCCUAGCCAGAGACCGUACAGAGACUUUGGAAGUAAGGAUCACGUCCACUUUGAAAAAAAUUAGGGUGAUUCUCUUCCUUGUUUACGCUCCGGCUCCUUUCAGUUCCUUCUGUUUUGAGAUGGACGUCUUUAGUUUAAGUUGAAGUCAGUAAGUUUUUUUUUUUUUAAAAAGCAAUUCAGAGCCUCGGCUACUGGAACACAGUGUAGACACAGAGAUGGGCAAUUCAGCACAUUCUGCCACAGAGGUCUGUGUGUAUCACUAGGUUCUGAGGCGGAUGGGUCAUUUUUACAGAAACUGUUUUGACUGAAAGAAAGCCAAAAUCCAAGAGAAAGGCAGAGGCUGAUGAAAGGGGCUCAGUGAGGAGGUGUAUUGUCUGGGAUGUAUGCAUUAAUUUCCUUAGGCUGUUUAAAAGUGCAAUUGGUUAUGUUUGUGUACCGUCAUGAAUUUUCUUAAUGGUGGCACGUGACUGUAUUUUUUGUUUUCAUUUUUUUUUUUUUUUUUUGUAAAGGUGUAGUGUGUUUUUUUUUUUUUU